CUGACCCAGCCAACCACUGCAAACAUGAGCACGGCCGCCUGCUGACAGCUCCAAUUUGGACCCUAGCCCCGCCCCGAAGUAUUUUUGGAAGUUAGUCCCUUCUCAUUUGGGAGGAGGACAUUCAAGGUUGAGCUGUUUUAGCUGGUGCCCUGGCGCAGAGGCUUUGGGAGUGAAGUCCACUGGCCGCAAGGCUCUCGGUUCCUCGCCCGACGCAAUGUUCGGUCUCAUGAUAAGACAAGCGAAGAAGCAUCCAAGCUUGAUUCCUUUGUUCACUUUCAUUUCACUUGGAAUUUCUGGUGCUACACUUUACUUAUCACGCAUGGCAUUAUUCAGUCCUGAUGUCAGAUGGAUUUUGAGCGACGUUCGGAAUGUGGUGUGUGCUUUCAUGCAGACUGUGAGUCCAGAGCCUGGGAUAAAAAGAACAACCCUGAGCCAUGGAACAAGUUGGGCCAUAAUCAGCAAUACAAGUUUAUUGCAGUCAACACCGAUUAUAAAUACCUGAAGAAGAAUCGCCCUGAUUUUUGAAUGGUUGAUUGAUAAAAUGCUUCUCUAUCUUCACAGAAUUUCUAUAAUCACGCUAAAUCCGUUUUAAAUUGCUCAGUGUACUACGUACCUUAGUGUUUCAAAUGCAGACAUCGAUUGAUCAUGUGCUCUUAUUUUCAUAUCAGGCAAAAAUAAUAGGCUCUUUGAAAUCUGCUUUGACUUUUACAAACAAAUUAAAUCAUAUUGAGAUCAAGUAUAUAUGAUGUUUAAUGCACAUAUGCUUCGUUAAACAAUCAUGUCAAUAAAACUUUUAAAGUUC